AAUUACUCUGUUCCAACUCGACAUGCCAAUAUCAUUUUCGUUCCCAGAAGUUGAUGAUGAUGCCAAGGAUGAAAGCUCAAAAGCCAUUCUCACUGACAAUGUGAGGGCAGCCCUGAGGUCUUUGAACUUCAAGGGUCGAAAUGCCAAUCCUUCCACGGUCAAAACUCUGCAGCUGGUCAAGUUAGUAGUCAAAGGAUCCCUGAGCUUCAACAACAGAAGGCAGAUUCGCCCUUACCACUUUGAAACGAUGAUCUCGCUAGUGAAUCCUGCCACCGAAGACGACAACUCGAAAAGUUCAGAUGAGCCAGCACUUUCAAGGUUUACUGUUUUGAAGGACAGGCCGAAGCAUGAAGCUGCUGUGAAGUUGCAGAAAGUCUACAAAAGCUUUCGUACAAGAAGGCAGCUUGCAGAUUGUGCUGUCAUCGUAGAUCAGCAAUGGUGGAAAUUGAUAGACUUUGCACUGCUCAAGCUGAGUUCUGUGUCGUUUUUCAACAUUGAGAAAGAAGAAUCAGCUGUUUCUCGAUGGUCGAGAGCAAGAACCAGAGCUGCUAAGGUUGGCAAGGGGUUAUCAAAGGACCAAAAAGCUCAAAAACUUGCCUUGCAACAUUGGCUAGAAGCGAUUGAUCCUCGACAUCGCUAUGGUCACAAUCUCCAUUUCUACUAUGACUAUUGGCUCCACAGUGAAAGCAGGCAGCCCUUCUUCUACUGGCUUGAUGUGGGAGAAGGAAAGGAGAUCAAUCUUGAAUCAAAGUGCACGAGAUUAAAGCUUCAGCAACAGUGCAUAAAGUAUCUUGGACCCAGAGAAAGAGAGGCCUAUGAAGUUGUAGUCAAGGAUGGGAAGUUCAUUUACAAGCUGAGCAGUGUACUUCUGCACACUUCUGAGGUUCCCAAAGAUUCAAAGUGGAUCUUUGUUUUAAGCACAUCAAAGAAUCUGUACGUUGGUCAGAAGAAAAGAGGCACAUUUCAGCAUUCUAGUUUUCUCGCUGGAGGAGCUACGUCUGCUGCAGGAAUAUUAGUAGUGGAGAAUGGGGUUCUUAAGGCCGUGUGGCCUCACAGUGGGCACUACCAACCCACAGAAGAGAAUUUCACGGAGUUCAUGAGCUUUCUUCAAGAAAUCGGCAUCGAUCUAACUGAUGUCAGGAGAAGUCCCACCGAAGGCGAUGAUUUGCCCUUGAGAGGUCACAGAAGCAGCUAUUCUGACAUAAACUUGCCUGAUGACAUCACCAUCGACCCUCAACCUGAAGAACAAUUGUCUCAUGCAUCUACUGGAGAGAUAAGCAACGAUGCAAGAACCGGCUCUUCGAAUGGCGACCUGCAGCGCAAGGGAGUCCUCAGGGACACCGAAGAAGAAGCAGGCGAGGAGACAAAUAAGCCGAAAGAGUCAAAGAGUAUCAGUUCGGAGGAAGAAAAACCUGAAGGAUGCGAACGAGACUUCUCUGACGCCGCACAACAAAAGGAGGAAGAAACAUCCAUACCGUCGGAGCUGAUCCUUCGAAGGAUCAACUCAAAGAAAGGGCUGAAGUCGUAUCAGCUGGGGAAGCAGCUAUCCUUCAAGUGGGCAUCAGGCACAGGGCCGCGGAUCGCCUGCGUGAGGGACUAUCCAUCCGAGCUUCAGUGCCGUGCUCUCGAACAAGUAAAUCUGUCGCCACGAACUGCUGCGACUUCUAGAUUUGCGUCUCCUCGUACUACAGCCAGCCAAAGCCCAAAGACGUCAAACUGAGCGGUUGACUUCGUAGAGAGAUCAGGCGUAUUCAUUUCCUUGGCAUCGUAGAGGAAUUCUUUAUUCAAAAUGUAUCGACUUUUGAUAGAUCAACAGAAGCCAAAAAAAUACCAUCCGUUUAUACAGAUGCUGCUACGGUGUGAAUUGACAUCUGGGUUGAUACAAUGAGAAUUCAAGAAAAGAGCACCGGUAGGUGUUACCAUGGGACGUGAGAUCGUCCACCGUCGCUGGCGAAGCGCGAGUGAUUAGGAGGAAGGGAAGGAGUGGCUCAGCGGGGAGCCUCUCCUCACCUCCACCUGUCUUCGGCGCCUCUCGGCUGCAAUCCACGCAUCGCCGUCGUUAUCCAGAUCGAUUUAAUCCCGGUCUCGCGUGGGGUACACCGGGAGCUGUGUCAGCCAGGACUGGGCAUACGGUAACGAAGAACCUUCCGUGAUGGGAGACCACGUUCUUGACUCCUCUGGUUC